GAAUCACAAAUUAUCAAGGACCGAAGCUGGAUAAUUGUUAGUGCCAUCAUAUUAGAUAAUCGAUUUUGGAAUGAAUGUCUUGAAGUUGUGAAGAUUGUGUCUCCUCUUAUAAAGUUGUUGAGAAUUGUUGAUUUAGAUGAGAAGCCUUCUUUGCCUUAUGUUUAUGAAGGCAUGCAAAAGGCAAAAAAAGCAAUUAAGGCAGUCUUCACCAAUAAGAAAGACCAAUACAAGCCUUACACAAAUAUAAUCCAAGCCCGAUGGGAUAAGCACUUGAAGACUAAUCUUCAUGCAACAGCAUAUUUGUUGAACCCUGCCUUCUUGUAUGAUGAUGACUUUGUUCACAAAAGAAGGUUAAUGGAUGCUAUGCUUUCAGUGUUUGAGUCAACUGAAAAUAAAGAUAUUGAUUAUAUUGUGAUGAUGAAGCAGUUGAGCUUGUAUCGUGACCGUAAAGAAUUUUUUGAUAAAACUUCAUGUCAUAGAGCAGCACAGAAGCUAGACCCUUAUGAAUGGUGGUCUUUUUAUGGAAGUUCUGUUCCAGAGUUGCAAAAUCUUGCAAUGCGUAUUCUUAGCCAAACUUCUUCCUCUUCUAGUUGUGAGAGAAAUUGGAGCUUGUUUGAACGCAUCCAUACCAAAAGAAGAAAUAGAUUGGAACAUCAAAGACUAAAUGAUUUAGUCUUUACAAACUACAAUCUACGAUUGAAGAAUAGGAGCCAAUUGAAGAAAAAACAAGUUUUGAUCCAAUUGAUUAUGAAUCUAUUGACAAAUUGGACUUUUGGAUUGCUGAAGAGGAAUAAGAGCCAGCUCCAGAGUUUGAUGCUGAUGAUGUCAUUAAUUUGGAAAGUGCUAUGCAUAAUGAGAAUGUUAUAGCUUCAUCAGCUUCUGAGAGAAAUAAUGAAGGUGAAGAAGAUAUGAAUAUUUCAGAGCAUCCAUAUUUGAAUGAUGAUGUUGGAAGUGGUUCUGGUUUCUCUCAAUCAUCUCCUAAUGUUUCAAUUCUUACUCCCGCAGAUUUGAAUGAAAUUAAUGAGGAUAUUGGUGUUGAUUAUUAUUAACUUUAGACUUUUUGAUGAUUAAAGGAUUGUAAGGAUGAAUAUUUUAAAUGUUGUGUUUUUAAUGAUGUUUUGAUGAUUAUCAUGGACUUGUAUAUGAUAUUACAUAAGAUAUUAAGUCUUAGAGAAUUUGUUUUUAUUUAAAUCAUAUUA